CACAUUUGGCAGUUCGAUCCUUCAUUUCUUUCGGCUGGCAGAAAAUAUUCAUAAUUUGACUGAAAAUUCUUAUUCACGACGAAUCUAUAUUAAUGGUGUACUUAUAGUGUUUUUGUACAGUGGUCUGGUAUACAUCGGUCUGCCUUGAGCAGCGAUUAAGUUACGAAAAUGGCUUCAAGAGGUGGUGUUAUGGUAACAGGUACGAACGGCGCUGACUUCGAACAUAGGGAGAAAAUAGCGGCUCAGUAUCAAAUAAGUGCGCUGAACAAAUCUCGGCUGAAGUACUGUGUGUUCUUUCACCAUGUAUUGUUCUUUGUGAUGAUUGCCAAGCUCUCCGCAGACAUCCUGGACAAACUUGACAUAUUCAUACUGGAGAUUGAGGAACUACAGAUACCACAGCCCCUCUGGUGGGAGUACAUCUGGUGCCUGUCCCUACUGCUCUCAUUUCUGGGCCUGGCUGCCAUCAAGCGCAACAACAUCCGGCAACUGCGACGCUACAUGUAUGGCAUUGGUGUGCUGGGCUUCGGGCCCCUGCUGUAUUGCGUGAUAUACUACUGUGGGGAUGUCUGGCGGUACCUUACUAGGGAUGAAGAUGAAGAUGACAGCUCAGAGGUUGAGGUAGAGCUGUGGCAGGGCCUCCCUUAUGGCGUGCUGUGGUACGCGUUCGUGUUGCUGGCAUCGCAGGUGCACUUCUUCCAGCUGUACUUCUCAAUGAACCUACUGAAGGCGUGGCGCGCGCGCGGCGCGCUCAGGAAAGCCGAAUAGGGCUCGAGGUGUUAGUGUGUGUGGAGCCUCCGCGACUCGACGGGCGACGGCUCUAGCUGCGCCAUGUGUUGCUAGUGAUCCAAAAGACUCGAGCCUUUUAGGUCUUUUUUUAGGGCUCGCCUCAUCUCUUGGAUAAAAGCCUAUUUUGCUAAUUAAAUAGAAAUAGGCUUUUAGCCUUUUAGGCGUCAAGAGAUGAGGCGAGCCCUAAAAAAAGAGCGAAAAGGCUCGAGACUUUUGGAUCACUAUGUGUUGCUCAAUCAGGGGGUCAGGCGGACAGUCCUACUUUACCGGGACUCCGCUGAGAACACUCACUUAACACCGUAUUCUAGGUAAUGUCUACUGACAGACAGAUUUUUGGGGCACUUUACAAAUUUUAAUGUUUUUGUCGAAUAGUCCGAUGGACAUUGUCAGUAGUUAGGUUUUCUAAUUAUCGUACUAAAAUAAGAGUUAACUUAAUGCUUAUAGUCAUCUAAUUUGGGAGUGAUUUAGAUGGUGUAAAAUAUAUUUGCUGUAUAACGGGUCAAAUAUGCCAACACAUGACAACGUAUAGUUCGUUUUUUUUAGCAUUAGAAAUAAGGUAAACAAUCAUGAUGUGUCUUUUAAUUGAAAAACACAUUUUAAAAAUAAGUUACGGCAAAUAUGUAACAAUUAUGAAUCUAAUACGAUUAUUCUUCUGCUUUCAUAAGUAAUAGUUACUGAUUUGUAAAAAGCGUUUUUCAAUUAAAAAGACAUGUCAAGAUCGCUUACCUUCUUUCAAGUUCUUUCUAAUGCUAAUAAAAACGAACUAUAGGAUUAUAACUUCUUCAUGUCUUUAUAGUCUCGGGUUGUCUUAUAUAGUAUUAAAACUGAUUUGAAUCCUGAUAUGGUACUAUAAUAUACUACGCCAUUGAUAGCGCUCUGAGAACAUUGGUGAUACUGAUACAAGUUUACGUCACCAUCUGCUAAAUGCCGGCAAUGGGGCGGUGUACUAUCAAUACUCCUCAAUAUCUAUGAAACAUACGUGACUUCGAUAAAACUGUAAUUUAUGAAAUAAUUACAAAUGUAUAAAUAUUUGACCUAUUCUAUGUACCGACUAAGUACAAAUUAUAAUGUAUGUAAGGUUUACUCGGGUAAUUCCGAAUGUCAAAAACUGUCGGAUAAUUCUGAAAAGCGACUUUUAUUAUGAUGGAAUUUAGGGUGAUUUUCAUCUGAAUUUCGGAAUUAUCCGACAUUCGGUAUUACCCGAAUACACCUUAUAAUGUUAUUAUAGUUUUUGGGGAGAUAAGUGUCAAUACAGUCAAUGAAAUAAUUGAGAAAAAAACAUUUUUCGUAAUUAUUUCUUUCAUAGAGUCGGACCAAGAAAAGUCUGCAGCGGAUUUGAUAGCUCACGCAGUGUAAGUGUCUGUUAUACGUCAUAAUGUGAUAGAAGUUUGACGUUUAAAAAAACACGUGCACUGCGUGGGCCAUCAAAUCCGCUGCAGACUUUUCUUGGUCUGACUCUACCUACUAUAAAGGAGCAACUCGAAGUGACGCAAAAUCGUAACGCAACUGGAGCGCCAGACCUGUUUUUUUCGGAUCAUUACAUUAACAUGGACAUAACUGAUAAUUACUUCAAAAUGUACUUAAGUUCCUCAGUCAUUCUUGAAGCCAUUUUAAAUCAAAUGUAUGAUAUUAUAUGCACUGUCUCUGUCAGUACACAUUCUAUAAUUCCCAGACUGAUAAACACUUUUAUUUCAUUCUCUAAUCCCCACUAUGCGCUAAAUAGUACAGCUAAGCUUUUCCUCCCUUGUGGAAAAAAAACUACUGCCUGUGUGAAUGAGUGAGAGAAUGAUUUACGAACACUGACAAUUUUAUUGUAAUGUAGCACUUGACUUAAAAAGACGAAUCCAUGUAAAAUAUCUAUACCAUAAUAGUAUAAUAAUUAAUAACUGUUUUCAAUACUUGUGCGUUGUUUUUAUACUUGUUAUUUUAUCCGAUACUUAUUUGCUUAAGACGUUAGGGUUUGUAAUAACCUUUCAAUAAUGUUAAGCUUACAAUUUCUGGUCUGUUAUAUCCUAGCCAUUUUGUAAAUAAACUGUAAAAGAAGGUAUGUAUAUUAGUACGGUACGGUUAGCACAUCAUUGACGACUUUAUUUCUAGUUUAAGUUUAAAGUUUAUUAAACAGGUACAUAUACAUGUAUAGUUGUUGUAUUUUGGACGAAAUGUAUUCGUCGUUAAACCUUCACUUGUCACUGGGUGGCGAAGGUGGUGUUAGUUUUGUUUGACAUAUAUAGGAAAGAGAUGCAAAUAAUGCAAUCCAAGUGAACUGCCCGGGUCAAAUGAACCAAUUAUACUUAAUGCUAAAACUACAAAUCUCUUAGGUACUCUAAUAUAUGUAAUACAAUUUUACAUAGUGGAUACACUUAUAACAUUGUAGAUUGGUGUCUAUUUUAGAUAAAUAUUUAAAUGAAGUAGAAUUUUAUUAGAUGUGAUAUUUAUGAAGCGCAAAUAACAUGAUAUACUCUUACACAUUUAUUUCACUAUUCUUGAUAUUUGAAUUGGUAAGGGCACAGAUUAAUAAAUAUAGAUGGUCAAGCAAAUCUUGUCAGUAGAGAAAGGCGCAAAAUUCAAAUUUUCUAUGAGACGAUAUCCCUUCGCGCCUACAUUUUUCAAAUUUCCCGCCUUUUUCUACUGACAAGAUCUGCUUGGCCAACUUUAGUUAUUAGUUACAGUUACAGAUUAACAAAAACAAUUAAUUAUUUGCAGUGUAACAUUUUUUUUAAACACAAUUAUUUUCAUUAAGAGGAAAGGGGACGGCCGCUUCUCCAUACAAACGUAGUCCGCAGUUUCCUCUCUGGAUAUUAACAUUAUGGAAAAUAUGUUUACAAAAUUUGAUGUUGGUAUACGUACCUACAAAAAAAUAUCUCAAAAUAUUUUUAAUAAUGUUAGUAGCUCCUUAAACAUUUUUUAAAUUACGUAGUUGGUAAAUCACUAAUUAUAAUUAAUUAAUUAAUUCAUCUCCACUAGAACAUCGUUAGUAGUAGAAAAGAGUGAAAUGAAAAAUUUUCUCAGUACCUACAGUCGUCACAAAAUGUAACAUAACUAAUGCUUACCGUUUUACCCCCUUGUUCAGAAAACUUAGCAAACCGCUAUUAAAUUUUGUCCCUUUUCGAACAAACACAAAUGUCACAAUGACAGAUAUGGACAAACAUAAGACAAACGAUUAUCAAGGGCUUGUACUUGACAAGAUUGAAGAAUAAUGCCAUUAAACUUUAUUGCACCUGCAAUGAAGGCGAAAAAUGUGUGUGCACAUUUAAUGUCGACUACUUAUUUAUUAUUUAAUAAUAUUUUUACAGUAGGUAUAUUUCUAAUACUGACUGUUCAAGUUGUCUAAGGGCCUAAUUUAAAUUAGGUUAAAUAAGAUGUAAAUAAAGAGUUUAUUUAUUAUGUUUUCCUCCGAUUUUAAUGGUGUUGUUUGUUUUGAGGUUUUCCUUAAACUUGUUUUUUAUAUGAAAAUAAAAUAUUUAAAAAAAUAA